CUGGAUUCACUAGACCCGCACGUACCUUUUCAAAAAAGUUUUUAUUUGUUACGUUAAAUGUUUUGAAAACGAUGUCUGGAGCAUUUUCAAGAGCUAUAAAAGAAGCUAAUUUCUCUGUAAGAGUGAAUACAGAUGGAGAAAGAAGUUUUGGAGGCAAUGCUAACAUAAAUCGAGACAGAAACAGCGGAAAUAGUUCAAAUCGAGGAGACAAUGGUGGACGGUGGCAACGAGGAGGAUACAACAGAGGUGGAUCCUCUUUUAGGGGAAGAGGUAGAGGAAAUCGUGGUCAAGGACGUGGUCGUGGUCGUGGUAGAGGCCAUGGAAGCUAUCACCCCAGAUCAAGGUUUGAUGAGGACGAUGAGGGGGACUCUAUGAUGGAUAGUGAGAGGCAGGGAGGUAGCAAUAGAUAUAAUCCAUAUGGCAGGGGUAGUGCAAAUAGUCGGCGCAGGGACAGAUCUCCAGAAAAUAGAGUAGAUGAUGUGGAUGGUGACAGUGGGUGGUGGAAAAUUGUCAUACCGGAAGGGAAAAAACAUAGCCGUGACUGGCUGUUAGCAAGGUUAAAAUCUAUAUGUACUGAACCAUUCUCGCCUGUGAAUUUUCAUAUUUUCCAGGACAAUGCUGUUUUUUUUGUCAAUGAGAAAUCUGCUGCAGAUGGAUUAAAAGCGGCAAGUAACAAGAUAACAACAAAAGAUGGCUCAAAGUUGUUUCUCUCAGUGCGACCAAGUCGGCCACCAAGAAAUCAAGGUGGUUCCACAGGAAAUAACAAUUCUGGAGCUCCUAUUAACACAGAAGUUGAGACAUCUCCUGAAAAGUUAGAAGUGUAUAAAGAUUGCCUUGCAAAACGCUUUGACCCUGAAGCAGUAAAAUUGGAUUUGUCUAAUUUGUUUUUUGACAAAGUACUUAGAGCAGGGGAAGUAGAAACCAAGAUAUGGAAACCUGUUGUGAUUAACACUAUUUUGGAGAUUAUACAUCAACUCUGUUCUACAUUAAAAAUUCUAGAUUUGUCCAAUAAUCAAAUACAAAGAUUAAGCAUUCUAGAAAACUUAAGUGAAAAAUGUCCAGCACUGGAAGAAAUCAAUCUAUCCAAAAAUGCGAUUCGUUUUACUGGUGAGCUAGCGAAGCUGAAAUCACACAAAAAUAUUAUAAAACUGUGGUUCAGUGAAAACCCAGCCUCUGAGCAGUACAAAAACGACGUUGGUGAAUACCAAGAAGAAGUUCGUAACCACCUUCCAAAUUUAAAAGAGCUUGAUGGAACAGUGUUGCCUCCAUCUCUUAAGUUGGCAUUUGACUUAGACGAGACGGCAGCAUCACUUCCUAAAUCAUUAGGUAAUUAUCCACCAAAUUCUGAAGCUUCAAGUUUAGUUGUGGUUUUUUUGAAAAAUUUCUUUCAAAUCUAUGAUGCAGCCGAUGUUAACGAUCGUCAGCAGUUGUUGCCAGCCUAUCAUAAUGAUGCUGUGUUUUCAUUGUGUUGUAACACUGGCGUUCCAACUUCUGAAAACAAUGCCAAUUCCUUGAAGGACUAUUUAAAACAUAACCAUGAUAUUGAAAAUAUGAAUGACAGGACCAAUAGAGAACAAUUAGUUAAGCAUAAAAAACUGACAGUGGUAGCAUUGCUAACUGAACUUCCUCAAACAAAGCACAACUUUAAUUCGUUUACUCUUGAUAUACCUUUUGUGACUGCUGAAUGCUUAAUGUUUGUUGUUAAAGGCACAUUCUUGGAUGGAAAUGGUCAAGUUCUUAGAGGUUUUACUAGAACUUUUGUGGCUGUGCCUGAAAAGAAUUCACAGCUCCUUCUUAUAAACGACCAGCUGCAUGUACGAGCAGCAACUGAAAAGCAGAUGAAAGUUCAAUCAGUCGGAAAUGUACCAGUUGUGGCCCAGACCACUUCCACUGUGCAGAAUUCUAGUUACACCACAGAGCAAGAAGAGCUGGUGAAAAAAUUUUCAAUGGAAUCGAAAAUGAAUUUGAAGUGGUCUUUGGAUGCCCUGAUUUCGAAUGGCUGGGAUUUUAAACAAGCUGCUGUAAAAUUUGGAGAAUUAAAAAGCCAGGGAAAGAUUCCACCUGAAGCUUUUCAAUAAUGACAACAUUUAUUACUGACGAUAACAAAAUUAAAAAAAACCUGUCUAGUGAAAAUUGGGUGAAUGUCGUAACAUUAUGUAAAAUGCAAGUUCCAAUGUUCUGGAAUGGAAAACUAAAAAACAAUUUUUUUCAACUGUGAUAUAUUUAGUACGUUUCGUUUUUCUUCGAUUUUUUUAUGCUAUAUUUCGAUAAUUCAUUCCAUACAAAGAGAAGUCAGUUGAAACAUACCAACAUUUGUGUAAUUAAAUAAAUGAUAUCUAUUGUCUAUGCCUAAUCUAUAGUCUCUUUCCUAUAAAAUGACAAAAGAAUGUGUUUUACGUUUUUUUUUUAAUUGUAAGGCAACAGUAUAAAGAUAUAGACGCAUAAAGAUCAUUAUAGAUCUUUUUAAGAAGCAAGCCAAAACUGCUAUUUAUUUUAUCUAGUCUUAACUAACAUCGAGGCUCCUUUAUACCGUGCCUUCAAAAAAUAUGUUUUUACGACUUGUGUUAAUGUUUUGAAAUUACUCUUCCGUACAUUAAUCCAUAAAACGUUUUCCGCUAAAAAUUUUAAUGAUUAUUGUAAGUGGAAAAUCUUGAUGUGCUAGAUGUAAAGAUCUUGUAGAAUUUUAAUAUGUCAGGAUUUUUUGGUAAUGCAUCUCUGAUGUGGAAUGUCAACUCCUA